AGCCCUUUGCUCCAGUGGUAACGUCUCUGUGUGAAUAAAGUCUGCCAAAUGGCAUUUGGAGAGUGCAAAAACGCUUCUUACAGCAACACUUUCCGCAAUCCGCUUUAGACUCGACCUCUACACCUUGACAAUGCGCUUAAUUAUGCGUUGACAGUGUAAAGAAGGGGAGGGAUAAUUGUGGAAGUGCAGCUGCUGUAGGCUACGCGAGAAGAAGUUCAGUGAUAAAGCAAAGACGCACUAGGUCGGGUUACAAUGGCUAGACGAAAAGAGAAAGUUUGUUUGUUUAUGAGUAUUCCGCUUAUAUGUAUUAUUGUAAUUAUAAUUAUUUGCGUGGCUCACUUUAACGAGGAGUGCGCUGAGGGACUCUACAAAAAAGGAGCAGUGGCAGCGGACUCGGAAACCUGUUCAAAGAUUGGGCGAGAUAUACUGCAGUCUGGUGGGUCAGCGGUAGAUGGCGCCAUUGCUACUUUGCUGUGCACGUCAAUCAUACAUCCCCAGAGCAUGGGCAUCGGUGGCGGCUCUAUAUUUACAAUCCGGGAACAAAGUGGCAAAGUGAAAAUAAUCAAUGCCAGAGAGACUGUCCCAAAAGCUUUUAAAACAGACCUUCUUGCCAUGUGCCCAACAACAAUUUACACAGCGGAAGGGGCUCACUGGAUCGGUGUCCCGGGUGAUAUCCGUGGCUAUGAGCGAGCUCAUAAACUGUAUGGACGUCUGCCGUGGGCCAGUUUAUUUCAGCCCACUAUCAAGAUGGCUAGAGAGGGCGUCCGCAUUCCCUAUGUGCUCUCUCGAUUUUUGCCACUUCUUUUAAAGGAGAAGCCAGACUCACCACUACGCCAGUUAUUCCAGAAUGAACAAGGUGAGCAAUUGAAAGAGGGGGACAUAGUGAAAUUUGAGAAACUAGCAGAUACACUUGAGAUUAUCGCAGAACAUGGGGCGGAUGCUUUAUACACUGGAGACAUCGCCAAACACCUUGUCAGUGAUAUACAAGCUGCAGGUGCAACAAUUACUCUGGAGGACUUGAGUUUGUUCAAGGCGUCUGAAUCCGAUGCCUGGGAAGUGAAUCUAGGAGAGUAUGACAUGUACUUUCCUCCACCGCCAGCAGGCGGAGCUACACUUAGCUUCAUACUCAACACCAUGCUAGGUUUUAAUCCAAACUCUUCAUCUAUGGAGGGGGAUGAGAAGGUCUUAACAUUCCAACGUUACGUUGAAACCUGUAAAUUUGCCAACGGUCUUAAGAAGUUCAUGAAAGAUCCCAACUUUGCCUCUAAAACGGAGGCAGUUGAGAUCAUUCAGAAGCAUUUUGCGGACAAAGUGAGAGCAAAAAUCAGCCCUGACCGCACUUAUGAUGCCAGCUACUACAACGCCACUCCAUACCUGGACUCACAUGGCACCACUCAUGUGUCCGUGCUCGCUGAGGAUGGGAUGGCGGUAUCUGUGACCAGCACCAUCAACCACAUGUUUGGAUCCAGAAUUUUCUCCUCCAAAACAGGCAUCCUGCUCAAUGAUCAACUCGCAGACUUCUGUGGAAAAACAGAGCAGAUUCAUGCUGGUGAGCAGCCGCCUUCCUCCAUGUCUCCAGUGAUCCUUUACUCCCGAUCUCAGAAACACAUCGUGGUCAUAGGAGCCUCAGGGGGCAGUAUGAUCACCACCGGGGUGGCGCUGACUCUCAUGAACUUCCUGUGGUUCGGCAAGACGAUACAAGAUUCCAUCGACGCCCCUGUGGUGUUUGUGGACUCCAAAAACUUUCUCAACUUCGAGCCCUUGUUUGACAAGAUAGUUUUGGAGUCACUUAACAAGAUUGGACACAGAGUCAAAAUCCCGCAGAUGUUUUAUAAUGUGGUUAAUGCAGUAUCAAAGGAAAACAACUGCAUAGAGGCUGUAUCUGACUCGCGGAAAAAUGGAAAAGCUGCAGGGUAUUGACCUGGAGUGCAGCUGGAGACUAAUUCACACCAGAUCUCUCAACUCUGCUUGACGCAUCUGUGCCGUGUGUGGAUGAAGUGCACUGGGAGGAUGGCAAACUGACAAAUAACAGCAAGCGCCAUCAAGAAGUUUUGACAUUUUAAUGUGAAAAU